AUGGCAACUACCAAACAGCGCCUCGCGCUCUCCAUCAUCGACUUCCUAAACACCUCUCUCACUGACGGCACCCUGACAGACGAAGACCGCGAGUCCGUCGAGGUAGCCCAGUCAUGUAUCGCCGAGUCUUUCAAGGUCGACCCUACAGACGCUACGCCCAAAGAUUCGCAGACGCUGCUGCAAAUCUACAGCGUGUAUGAGAAGCUGAAGUCCAAGGCGCCGGCUGCCGCUGCUGCUGCCACCUCAACCGCUAGCCCCGCUGCCGCGUCGAAGGAGCCCACGGAAGCGCAAAAGAAAGAGGCAGAGUCGCUCAAGAGCCAGGGCAACGCAGCAAUGGCCAAGAAGGACUACCAUAAGGCCAUCGAGUUGUACGGAAAAGCGCUCGCCCUGAUCCCCGGCAACCCCAUCUUCCUCUCCAACCGCGCAGCCGCGUACUCUGCCUCUAAGGACCACGAGAGCGCCCGCGCGGACGCCGAAGCUGCCGUGGCCGCAGACCCGAAAUAUACAAAGGCCUGGAGCAGACUGGGGCUGGCACGGUUCGCGCUCGGCGAUGCGAAGGGCAGCAUGGAGGCCUACGGGCGGGGCAUCGAGGAGGAGGGUUCAGGCGGCAGCGACGCCAUGAAGAAGGGGUUCGAGACGGCUAAGAAGCGCGUUGCUGAGCUCGAGGCGGGUGGUGAUGACGACUCCGACGCUGAGGUGGCUGAGCGCGGCAUGCCAGGUGGUGGUGCUGGUGGAGCCGGUGGCAUGCCAGACCUGUCUGCGCUGGCGGGUAUGUUUGGUGGUGGUGGUGCGGGCGGCGCUGGGGGCGGAAUGCCGGAUCUGAGUUCCAUCAUGAGUAAUCCGAUGUUUGCGAGUAUGGCGCAGAACCUGAUGAGCAACCCGGGUAUGAUGGAAAACCUGAUGAGCAAUCCUCGGCUUAGGGAUAUGGCCAGCCAGUUUGGAGCUGGUGGUGCGCCAGGUGGGGGGGCUGGUUCCGGCAGAGAGGGUGGAGGAGGGGGAAUGCCGGAUCUGGCGAGUCUGAUGCAGGAUCCCAGUAUUGCUGAGAUGGCCCGCAACAUGAUGGGUGGUGGCGGUGCCGGUGCUGGUGGCGCGGGAGCUGGACGGGGUGCGGGCAGAGGCGGCCAGUAA